GCUCUGCUCAAUUUGUAACCUAAUCAACAAGACUCUUCUUCAAUCUUGUAGUCCUCAUUUUAUUUCUUUUUAUUCAAUUAUCCCAAGCAGCACUCAACCCCGCACUCCCGGGAAGAUCACCAUCUCAACCCCUCACAAGUACAUCAACACGAACACGAACACAAAGACAGAGAAGACAAAAGUACUACAUCCACAACAAUGCCAACCCCAAUCAUCGACUCCCACAUCCACCUCUUCCCAGCAUCCCAUCUCCCCACGCUGGCCUGGUACACCCCCUCCAGCCCAUUAGGAUCCCAGCACUCCAUCGACGAAUACCGCCUCGCAACCACGUCGACUCCCACAUCCCCGGAAGAAACAACAACAACAACAACACCAACAAAAACAAACUCACACUACCUCCGCGGCUUCAUCUUCCUCGAAACCGACCGCAUCUCCUCAAUUGAAGAAUCAGACCCAACCCGUGGCUGGUACCACGCCCUCGACGAAGUCUCCUUCCUCACCCGGAUCAUCACCGGAGAGCCUAUCCCAGGGGAAGGCCACAAAGAUGUAGACCGCCAGCUCUGUCUAGGUAUGGUGCCCUGGGCACCUGUGCCCGGGGGUCCUGCUGCGCUAGAGAAGUACAUUUCCCUCGUGAGGGAGCGGACUCGCACGGAGGAAGUAUUCAAGAAGGUCUGCGGAGUGCGGUAUCUCGUUCAGGAUAAGCCGAGCGGAGUCAUGCUAAAGCCCGAGUUCAUUGAGGGGUUGAGGUGGCUAGGAAGGCAGCAGUUGGCGUUUGAUCUGGGGGUGGAUGCGCGUCAGGGUGGGAUGUGGCAGUUGAGGGAGGCGGCGGAGAUGAUGAAUACGGUUUAUCGGGAGGUGGGGGAGAAGAAGGAUAGGGUUAGGAUUGUUAUUAACCACCUGUGCAAGCCCAACCUGCGUCUGCCGUACACCUCGCCCGACUCGAUCGCUACGCAUCCUGAUUUCCUGGAAUGGAGCUCCCUCAUCACAGCCAUGGCACAGCAUCCGACGGCGUAUAUGAAGCUUUCCGGGGGAUUCUCGGAGCUUCCUCCGCUGACGGCGGAUUCGGAGCCGGAUAUUGCUUCCCUAGUCGACCAGGUCCAGCUGUGGACGGAUGUGGUCUUUGAUGCGUUCGGGCCGGAGAGAGUCAUGUUUGGGUCUGACUGGCCUGUGUGUAAUGUGGGUGGAGGCGGCAGUGCAGUCGCCUGGAGAAGGUGGAGGAGUGUGGUGGAGGGUAUUUUGGAGAAGAGGGGCUUGUCACAGGAGCAGAAGGAGGGUGUAUGGGGAGGUGUUGCCCUCAAGGCAUAUGGGAUUGAACUCUAAGUUAAUACGUAUUCAAAUCAUAUAUUGAAGCAUAUAUGCAUGCAUGUAUGUAUGUACACCGAUCCCCAUG